UCACACACACUGACAGUGACACACACACAGUAGGUGUUUUUUUGAUGUGAAAAUAAACAUGGCAUCUUUAAUUGGUUUUCCUCGACUUUUUUCAUUUGGCAUUAGUAAUUGUGUGAAAAGGUUUAACAGUAAUUUGCUUCCCACACAAAAUUUGCCAGUUCACAGAUUGAGUAACACGCAAAUUGUUAGAUUAAAACACUAUCUGCCUUGGUUUACGGACCGCGUACAAUAUAAACCAAUAGUACCUAAUUUAACAGAAGAAGACGAACAACUUGCAACUGAUGUAAUAAAGGAGAUUAACAAUCAAAUUGCAACUGAGAAGGCUGGUCGACUUUUUGCUGUGGUACAAAUUUGUGGUAAACAAUUUAAAGUAACGACAAAUGAUAUUAUUGUCAUUCAAGGCUAUUGGCCACCUAAUGCCGGCGAUGAAUUGAAACUUGAAAAAGUAUUACUCGUUGGCAGUAAGGAUUUUACUUUAGUUGGACGACCAAUUCUUAAUAAUGAAUUGGUUAAUAUUGACGCCACUGUUAUUGAAAAAACAUUUUCAACAACCAAAACACAUUUUAGAUUUCAACCAAGAAAACAGUUUCGUAGAAUUCAUUUUCUAAGAAUUCAACACACAAUGCUGAGGAUAAAAUCGAUAAACGUAAUGGGAAAAGUAGGAGAGGUGAAGGAAUUCGAGGGUCUCGACAAAGUCUUUUAAUUAUUAUUAUUAUCAUCAUUAUCCUGUAUAGAAAACCAAUUUAUAAUGUAAUGUUUUAUAUAAAGAAUUCUUGUUAAAAAUCA